AUGGGGCCUAAUUCUGUCGAGCUUGAUUUAUGGAGCCCAUCUCGUUCUCUCAGCACUUGGCUUCAAGCAAGUGGUCGAACGACAAAAGAAGAGACAAAAGCUGAUGCUCUUUGCCUAUCUUCUACUGCUCUUCUGCUUCGCGACUGCAGGAUUUUGCUUGCAAGCAUGGUGGACGCAAGUUGCGUUCAUCCGCAACAGAAACUAUCCCGGGGGUCCUACCCAGUUCCUUCUGGACAAUGUGGAUGGCCUGCCAAACAAGGCAGUUACGGCAAUGUAUCUCCUCUUGAACUGGCUCUCGGAUGGAAUUAUCUUGCAAAGAUUCUAUAUACUAUGCACCUGCGACUCUCUGCCAGGAAACCGAAUUUUGGCCCUGGUCUUUGUGGUUCCAAGUUCGGUGGCACUCUUUGCAUAGCUGGGUUGGGCGUAAACCUGUGGUCUGAUAUGGCUGCCACGCCGGGGAUAGCCUACAUGGCGCUUUCUCUCUCUAUCAACACCACGCUCACUUUGCUCGUCAUCUGCCGUCUGCUGUAUCUCCGCCGAAAACUAAGUAGGAUAUUUGAACCCCAUGGCUCAGAACAGCGGGACAUAUACACCUCAUUAGCGGCGAUGCUCAUCGAAUCUGCGACGCUGUACACCGCUGUUGCGCUCAUGACCGUGAUUGCAUGUGGCCUGAGCAGCCCAAUGCAGUACGUGUUGCUGCCAAUGCUCGGUCAGCUGCAGGCAAUCCCUCCGCUGCUCAUCAUCAGCAGAGUGGCGACGGGCUCUGCACUCUCGCAGCGCAUCUUCUACUCCGUCCUUCGCUUCGGGCUCAGGCACAAACCGAGCAAGACGUUUUCGGACGUGACCUCUGUGCGCUUCUUCACGUCGCGACGGAGCAGCUCCGCGUCCGUGACCAAGCCGCCCAAGCCGCCUCCACCGCCGCUGUUUACGGGCAUCCGCAUCGACACCAAUACCGAAGUCGUCUUUGACGAGAAGCAGACACCGAGCACGAGCACGAGCAUGUUCUCGAGCGGCUGGCCCUCGCCGCUGUUGGGUCGGCGUGCAGAGGAGGAGAGGUCGUAUGGUAGCUGCUGCUCGUUCGACAUCGAGAAGCAAGUUACAUUUCCCGAGCCAAUUGCUACCGUGGAUCGAUAA